AUGCAGUGCACGCAGUGCCAGCAGGUAAGACAUACUCCUGCUGCUGCUGCUGCUGCUGCUGCUGAUGAUGAUGAUGGUGAUGAUAGUGUUGCUGAUAGUGCUGCUGCUGAUAGUGCUGCUGCUGCUGAUAGUGCUGCUGCUGCUGAUAGUGCUGCUGCUGAUAGUGCUGCUGCUGAUAGUGCUGCUGAUGCUGAUAGUGCUGCUGCUGCUGAUAGUGCUGUUGCUGCUGCUGAUGUUGCUGCUGUUGAUGUUGAUGUUACUGUGACUCCAAUCAAGCAGCAGCAGCAGCAGCAGCAGCAGAAGCAGCAGCAGCAGCAGCAGCACAAGUCCAAACGCCGUCAGCAGAAACUACGCAAACAGCAGCAAGAGCAGCAGCAAGAGCAGCAGCAAGAACAGCAGCAGAAGCAGCAGCAGCACGGAGAGUCUGAUGCAGCUGCUGCUGCAGCAGGGGAUAAAAUGCAGCUUGACUCCAACACUGCUGCUGCUCCCAGCAGCAGCAGCAACAGCAACAGCAGCAGCAGCAGCAGCAGCAGCAGCAGCAGUGGGUUUGUUGUAGCAGAGAUAGAGCUGCUGCGGUGUAAUGCAGCAGGUGUACCUGAAGGAGAGCCUCUAACAACAGUCAGCCAUCUGGGCUUGGGGCUGCAUGCAGGCGAUUAUGCAGCAGGCUAUGAUUUAGAAAGAAUAAACUUUUCAGGCUUUGUAGAGGACUGUCUAGAGCGAGAUCUGCAUUGGAGAACAAGCAGCAGCAGCAGCAGCAGCAGCAGCAGCAGCAGCAGCAGCAAUGAUACAGGGUGCGGGCUUGCAGGAGCCCCUUGGCCUGUGAUAUUAGUUAAGAGAUAUUAUCCGCAUAGAUCUACGAAGAAGAGACAGUGGGUUUUAAAGAGCAUUCAUAAAGAUAAAGAUGAAGAGACAGCAGAAGGUGCUAGCAAGGAAGCAGCAGCAGCAGCAGCAGCAAACAAUCAAACAAACACUAGGAAGCGUAGGAGCACACAAGAGCAGCAGCUUAUUGAGUGCGACAGCGAUCUUGAAGAGUUUAAGAGGGAUAUUGAAGAAGAUAAAGAGUUAAGAAGACAGCUGCUGCUGUAUAAAGACCCAAGACAAAAUAAAGAUGCAGCAAAUAAGCCCAAAGGAGCAGCAAAAAUACGCACAAACAGCAGCAGCAGCAGCAGCAGCAGCAGCAGCAGUGCGCAGCAGCAGCAACAGGGAUUAAAACGGAGGGAAGCAAACAAAGCAAGGAGACUCGCAGAGAGACAGAGCCGUGUGCAGCUGCAGCAGCAGCAGCAGCAGCAAGAGGAGACAUAUAAUUCAAACAGCAGCACACACUCAGACUCAGAUAAUGAUGCUGAAAUAACCCCACAGGGAUCGGGAUCGGGAUCGGGAUCGGCUCCCGCAGUUGAUAUCAGCGAGCUCCUCGAUGGCCUCACUUUAGAAGACCUCGAGCCCAUACACCCGGGGCGCUUUUCGCAGCAGCAGCAGCAGCAGCAGCAGCAGCAGCACGAGCAGCAGCAGCUUGGGGAUGCUGCUGCGUCUAGCGGGGAUGAUGAACCCCUUUAA